AUGGUGCAUGAUGCCCGUGCGCGAGCACCAUGCAUUGUAAAACUGUGUCCAGAACAGCUGAUCGCAAAAAUGUCAGGUUGUCCUGGCCCAGUGGAGACAGCAGUUGGAAUAGUGCAUGGUAUUGGUGCUACAUUUGCAUUUAUCUUUGGCGUGCUUUAUCUCUGGGGCCAAGUCAUCCUGGUAGCGCUAACAAAACCACAUCUUGGUGGCUUCUAUUUCAAUCUAAUCCGAAUCAUUCUGGUUAUUAUUGCGACCAUUGCUGUUGUGACCUAUGAAACACUUGUGUGGCAGCACCCACGUGCAUCUUUAAAUGAUACAAGAACGGAUGGACACCGCUCAACUGGAAUUGUUUGGGUUGAUCCUGACUCACCGGUAAAUAAAUAUCAUUUGUAA